GUAUAUUUGUGGUAUCCACUUCUUAAAAUGUCAAGUCGAAUUAGUUUAGUAGAAAAUAAUACCAAAGUAGUGAUAGCAUCUCGAAUCUUUUUAUUCAAAUGCUGUUAGUUUCUUAGUGAUAAAGAGUGCUGUGAUUCUGUCAGAAACAAGAUAUAUUUUAAAAAUUUUUACAAACCUCAAAAACUAUGCCGGAAAAUACACAAAUAAUGCAAAAUGGACACAAAAAAUACACAAGAGUUUGGUGCGACGGAUGCUACGACAUGGUACAUUUUGGCCACGCAAAUUCCCUCAGACAGGCGAAAGCCCUGGGCGACUACCUCAUCGUGGGCAUUCACACGGACGAAGAGAUCAUGAGACACAAGGGCCCGCCGGUGUUUACGGCCGAGGAGCGCUACAAGAUGGUGCGAGGUAUAAAAUGGGUGGACGAGGUCGUCGAGGGAGCUCCAUACGUCACCAGUCUGGAUACUCUUGAUAAAUACGAUUGCGAAUUUUGUGUCCACGGGGAUGACAUCACGUUGACGGCCGACGGGGUCGAUACUUAUCAUUUGGUCAAAAGCGCUGGAAGAUACAGGGAGGUACAAAGGACGGCGGGAGUUUCGACGACGGACUUGGUAGGCAGGAUGCUGCUUCUAACCAAAAACCAUUUCAAACAAGGUCAGUAUGAGUACGAUGUUGCCAGGGAGCAUUCAUCGUCAUUGGGUCAGGACUCAUUCGCUAGGUCUCCUUGGACAGGUUGUUCCCAGUUUUUGCCGACCACGCAGAAAAUUAUACAAUUUUCGGACGGUAAACCACCGAAGCCGGGCGACAGGAUCGUUUACGUAGCCGGAGCUUUCGAUCUGUUCCACGUUGGACAUUUGGACUUUUUGGAAAAAGCCAAGGAACACGGCGAUUACGUGAUAGCGGGCCUACACACGGAUCCGGUCGUCAACAGAUAUAAGGGCACCAAUUACCCCAUAAUGAACUUGCACGAAAGGGUGCUCAGCGUGCUCGCGUGCAAGUACGUUUCCGAGGUGGUAAUCGGCGCCCCCUAUACCGUUACUAAAGAUCUGAUGGAUCACUUCAAAGUCGACGUGGUUAUACACGGAGACACACCCGUAAUGGUCGAUGAGGAAGGAACGGAUCCGUAUCAGUACCCCAAAAACGUGGGUAAAUUUGUGGUCGUGAAAUCCGGUAACGACAUGACGACCGAAAGGAUAGUAGAGCGGAUAAUCAGGAAUAGACAGGAAUUCCAGGAUAGGAAUAGUAGUAAAGAAAAAAAGGAAUUGGAAGUACUCAAAUCGUUAGACGCUAAACAAAACGGAACGGCGCAUGUCCAUUCCUAAAAAAAUGUACCUACUACCCCCUCAUUCCCCAAACAAGCUGGUAUAACUGUGUAAAUAUUUUAUUUUAUUACUACUUUUCUUAUUUUUUUUUUUAUUUUGCGUAUAAAAAAAAGACAGUGGAAUGCUUUAAUAUAUAGAGCGAUUAAUUGGUAAAAAUCGCUUACUAGUAUCGACUACCUUGGUAAUAAAAUGUUUAAUAUAGUUCCAAAAAAAUCUAAAUUCGAAUAAGUUUAAAACAACACCCUGUAUAUCAAAUUUUUUAGAUCCUUUUAAAUAUAUUUUAUCAUAAACUAUAAUACAGUGUUGUUUCGCGGUUAUUUCAUUCUGUUAAACAUGGACACAACUCAAUCCUAUGACUAGUAUUUGA